CACAACCCGCGCCUCAACAACCGCUUUUGCCACUUGCGCAUCCAAAUCCCCAUCAACAACAACCGACUUUUUUUUAUCAUCAACAAACUCAUCAGCCAUGGCCCGUACCAAGCAGACAGCUCGCAAGUCCACUGGUGGCAAGGCCCCUCGUAAGCAGCUCGCCUCCAAGGCUGCCCGCAAGUCCGCCCCCUCCACCGGCGGUGUCAAGAAGCCCCACCGCUACAAGCCUGGUACCGUCGCUCUCCGUGAGAUCCGUCGCUACCAGAAGUCGACCGAGCUCCUCAUCCGCAAGCUGCCCUUCCAGCGCCUUGUUCGUGAGAUCGCCCAGGACUUCAAGUCGGACCUCCGCUUCCAGUCUUCCGCCAUCGGUGCUCUCCAGGAGUCCGUCGAGGCCUACCUCGUCUCUCUCUUCGAGGAUACCAACCUCUGCGCCAUCCACGCCAAGCGUGUCACCAUCCAGUCCAAGGAUAUCCAGCUCGCUCGUCGCCUCCGUGGUGAGCGUGGUUAGACGUCUUUCCUUCUCGCACCAACAUGAUCACCACCGACGAGCAUUGCCUCGUGCGGUCAUGGCACCAUGAUUGGG